GCGGCGGAGCGGAGCGGAGCGGGGAUGGCAGCGCCGCUGCGGGCGGCCCUGGCGCUGGGGCUGCUGGCGGCCGCUCAGCCCGCACCGGCCCCGGGACAGCGGCGGCAGGCGGAGCUCUUCCUGGAGAAAUACGGCUACUUCAGGGAGCGGGGGACCGGCACACACAGCCCCGCCGAGUUCAGCAAGGCGCUGCGGGGUUUCCAGCGGGUGACCCACCUCCCUCCCAGCGGGCUGCUGGAUGCCCCCACCCUCCAUCAGAUGGCCCUGCCCAGGUGUGGCACGGAUGACGGGCACGGCCGCGCUGCCCCCGCCCGGCGCCGCCGGAGCUCGGCACAGCACGGAGGGCGGUGGCCCAAGCGGCAGCUGACGUACCGCCUGGUGAACCGCCCGCCGUACCUGCCGCAGCACGGCGUGCGCCUGGCCGUGCGCGCCGCCUUCCAGCUCUGGAGCAACGUGUCCUCCCUGCUCUUCUGGGAGGCACAGGAUGGCCCUGCCGACAUCCGCCUCACCUUCUUCCACGGGGACCACAACGAUGGACUCAACAACGCCUUCGAUGGGCCAGGAGGUGCCCUGGCCCACGCCUUCCUGCCCCGGCGAGGAGAAGCUCACUUUGACAGCGCUGAGCGCUGGUCCCUGCACAGCGGCAAAGGGAGGAACCUCUUCAUCGUGGUGGCCCACGAGGUGGGGCACACGCUGGGGCUGCAGCACUCACCCGUCAAGAGCGCCCUCAUGUCACCCUACUACAAGAAGCUCAGCAAGGAUUUUGUCCUCAGCUGGGAUGACAUCUUGGCCAUCCAGAGUUUGUAUGGAAAGCCCUCCAAGGGCUCGGCCAUCCAGCUCCCAGGAAAGGUCUUCACUCACUUCCAGGACUGGAACACAGACCUUUACAGCAGGGACCGACAGCAGAGGAGCCUCAGCACCUAUUACUGCCACUCCUUCUUCGACGCCAUAACCUCUGACGGGGAUCACAACCUCUACAUCUUCAAGGGCAGCCACUACUGGGUGGUGUCGGGCAGUGGCAAUGCCAGCGAGCCCCGGGCACUGCAGCCUCGCUGGCCCGGCCUCCCCGCCGGCAUCGACGCCUGCGCCUGGUCCCCGGGCACUGGGAAGUUCUACUUCUUCAAAGGUGGCCGAUGCUGGCGCUACGCGGGCUCCCAGCUGGACGCGGGAUUCCCCCGCAAAUGCAGCGCCCUGGGGCUGCCCCGGCACCCGGACACCGCGCUCUACUUCCAGCAGCUCCGGCGCCUCGUCCUCUUCAAAGGGCCCAAGUACUUCGUGGUGGGCGAGGACCCGCUGGGCGUGGAGCCCUACUACCCCCGCAGCCUGCGGGACUGGGCAGGGCUGCCCCCGGGCACCGCCGGCGCUCUCACCCACCGCGACCGCGCCCUCUACUUCUUCAGGGAUGAUCAGUUCUGGAAAUUCGACCAGGAUAAGCUGCAGGUGGUGGCCACCGGCAAAUGGGCCGCGCAGCUGGCCUGGAUGGGCUGCUGGGAUGCCAACAGUGAGCAGGUCCUGUUCUGAGAAAUGGGGCUCUGGACCUCGCCUGGAUCCCUCUGUGCGUGACUCUGGUUCCUGUCUGAGGAUGGCUGGGCAGGGACUGGCUGCCCAUUGAGCUGUGGGAUGGUGCAGCAGCGACCCAGCAGAGCUGGGAUGGAGCUGGGACAGAGCCAGGUGUGCCACGGCCAGGUGUGCCACAGCCAGUUGUGCCACGGCCAGGUGUGCCACAGCCAUGUGUGUCACAGCCAGGUGUGUCACAGCCAGUUGUGCCACAGCCAGGUGUGUCACAGCCAUGUGUGCCACAGCCAGGUGUGUCACAGCCAGGUGUGUCACAGCCAGAUGUGCCACAGCCAGGUGUGUCACAGCCAGGUGUGCCACAGCCAGGUGGCUGAAGGCAUUGGGACUGCAUUUUUUAUAACAGAGCACAAAAAAUAAAGUAUCAGCCAUGGAGACUGCAAAGACAUUUCUGUUAACUUUCAGGAUCUGCCACAGCCAAGUGGCCUGAAGGCUUUGGGACAGUAUUUUUUAUAACGGACCACAGAAAAAAAUGUAUCAGCCAUGCAGACUGCAAACACAUUUCUGUUAACUUUCAGCCACAUUUCAGUUAACCACAACCAAGUGGCCUGAAGGCUUUGGGACGGUAUUUUUUAUAAUAGACCACAGAAAAAAAUGUAUCAGCCGUGGAGACGGCAAACACACCAAUUUCUGUUAAUUUUCAGGAUCUGUGCCACAGCCAGGUGGCCUGAAGGCUUCAGGACUAUUUUUUAUAACAGACCACAGAAAAAAAUGUAUCAGCCAUGGAGACUGCAAACACAGCCAUUUCUGUUCACUUUCAGGAUAUUGUUACACGUGUUUUCAAACCAGGACUGGGGUUUGGUGAUACUUUUUGAUAUCUUUGUUGAUACUUGUUGAUAUCUGUCAUUUCCCACUAUCAGAUGGAGAAGUUUCUUGCUGCUGCUUGCUGUGGGGUUUGGAUGUUUUUCAACAACAGCCUGACAACGCCUCCUGCUUAAAACUGAAAGAAAGGAGACAUUUGGACAAAAAAUUUGGGUCCAUGUGGAGCUUUGCUGUUUGUUCAGACCCUGGGGUAUGGAGGGCUGGGGAUGUGCUCACACCCCAGUGCUCUGCUGAGGCUCCAGCUGGAGACACCCCCACAGUGGGAUUUUGGGGCUGAAAGCAGCAGGGUUUGGUGCAGGAGCCUCUUUGGGGUGGGGAGAAAGGGGGGCUCAGCUGAGCUGCUGGCCACAGACAGCAGGAGCUUUGGCUUUGGAUGGGUUUGGGGUGCCUGGUGGGCUCUCCUGGGCUGUGCUCACCUGGCAGCCCCCACUGUGUGCACAGAAGGUGCCUGUGCUCUGCUGCCUCUGCAAGGGACAGGAUCGGGGAAUUUCUGCCUCCCUGGGCCCCGCCAGGGUGAACGGGGGUGACAAAUGACUGGGGGAGGAGGGGAAGAGGAGAGGGUGAGCAGGACAGAGGGAGGACAUGUCUGUGCACGCAGGCUCGCAGGGACAGGGUGGCUGCAUAUUCCUCAUUCCU